AUGAUCUUCUCCAACGUUUUCAUCGCUAGCAUCCUCGCUGCCACCGCCGCAGCUCUGCCUCACCGUGUCCGCGACUCUAGCUCCAGCUCAAGCGGCAACGUCCAAUUCGUCAACAACAUGGACUCAGACGUCUACCUCUGGACGACAUCCUCCGAUUCAGGCAGUAUGCAAACUCUUUCCUCCGGCGGUGGUACCUACAGCGAGGGAUGGCAGACCAAUUCCAACGGCGGUGGCAUUUCCAUCAAGCUCUCCACCACCCAGAACGAGGACAGUGUCCUUCAAUUCGAGUACACCGUCGACUCGGACACGCUCUACUGGGAUCUGUCCUCUAUCAACCUGGAUUCGUCUUCCGAUUUCAUCAAGAGUGGCUUCUCUGUUAAGCCUAGCGACUCGAGCUGCAAAUCUGCUACUUGCGAGGCAGGUGACGUUGACUGCGCCGACUCUUAUCAGCACCCUGAUGAUGUGAACACGCUCUCCUGUUCGGUUGAUGCGCAGUACAUCGUUACUUUGGGAUAA